GAAAAAAAAAAAUUAAAAGCUUACGUAGCUUUUUCUGGAAUGAUAAAAAAAUUAAUGCUCCUAGCUGGACUAUGGCCAGUUAAAAAUCCAACUUUAUUUUACAGUAUUAAACCACUCAUUGCACUUUCAAUAGCACUAUGUUCAGCCAUAGUUAUUACAAAUUUUACAAUAGUUAAUAUAAAAAAUAUUGCUGUCAUGACAAAAGGAUUAAGUUUGGCAACAAGUUUUUACACAACAUCAUUAAAGAUAAUUUGUUUUGCUUGGAAUCGUAAAGAUGCAAUGGUAUUACAUAAAACUCUUGCUAAUUAUUAUAAUGAUUAUCUUAAUAAUAAAAAUUUAAAAAACAUAGUACUCACUGGAUUAAGUGAUGUUCGUCGUUUGUCGAUAACAUUUUCAAUUCUUGUUUUUUUAAGUAUACUAACAUGUGCAUUCAGACCAAUAAUUUCAAUAUUGAUACAACUAGUACAUAAUGAUAAUGAUACAAUACUAUUAACGCCUGCAAUGCCAGCAAAAUAUCCAUGGAAUUCAACAGAUAAUGGACAAUUAAUUUAUUGGAUUACCUAUUUAUUCGAAUGUUCAGCUGCAGUUUGUUUGUUUGUUGUAACAUGUAGUGUUGAUUCAUUAUUUUUAUUUUAUGUUUUUCAAAUGUCUGGACAUCUUCGUGUCAUGUCAUGUCAAUUAAAUUUUCAUGAGGAAAAUAUUAAUCAAAAUAAUAAAAUUAUACGUGAGUGUGUUAUUAAAUAUGGAGAUUUAAUUAAAUGUCGUGAUAUUUUACAAAAAAUUUAUGGACCAAUUAUAUUGUGGAUGAUAAUAUCAAGUGCGCUAGUUAUUUGUGCUUUGAUAUUUCAAAUGGCUGAGUUGGAAAAAGUAACUGUUGGAGAAGUCUUACUGUUUACAGGUUACAGUGGAUCAAAGUUAUUGCAAACUUAUAUGUACGCAUCGUCUGGUUCUGCGUUAACUUCAGAAAGUGAAAAUUUCUUGGACGCCGUUUAUCAAUCGAAUUGGGUUGGAAAAAAUCGUAAAAGUUUUCAGACAUCAAUUCUCAUACUUUUAACACAAAAACCAAUAGUAAUAAUUGCAUGUAAAUAUUUUUCUGUAUCAAUCGACAUGUUUGUCAUGGUUCUCAAUAAAACUCUGUCUUAUUUUUUGAUAUUACAAAAAAUCACUGAGAAACUGGAAAAAAAAUAAUACCUAUAUCAUAUGAAACUCUAUGAGACUAUUAUAUGUAGAAAAUUAAUGUUUUCCAUACCUAAUUUCAACUGCCGUAAAAAUAUAAAACUUUAUUGUCAAUUAAGGCAAUUUUUUUUUUAUUGAUGGUAUCAAUUUAAGCCUUGCAUAACUUCAUUGGAUUAAAAGUAAAACAAUCACAUUACUGUUACACAAUGUUUGAUAACAAUUUAACCCCUACAUUGAUAAAACUGCAGUUUUAAAAAAAUACGAGAUAAUA